AUGAGAGAUCAGAUGAAAAAUAAUAUUAGUGAACAAUUGCUUUAACUUGGGAAGUAAUAGAAAUCUAUUCUACCUUCUCAUCAUAACACAGAUACUAAACAAACACAAUAAAGAAUGGCAAAGAAAAGGAAUUCUAUCAGAUCGAAAUUCGAAAGAAAAGAAACAGAUUAAGGUGAUACCAUAAGACACAGAUAAAAUCAAUAUAAAAGAUUGUUUACGGAAAGGGAUGAUAAUGUUGAAAAAAGACCUAAAUUCUAGGCAUUUAAUAAUUAAUUAAUUGCAUCUCAAUAAUACAAAAAAAGUUCGUUAGGGCCACUGCCGAUUAAGAGAAAGUAGAGCAUCUAAGAUUAUAUAAUACACAAUGAAAAGGCAUAAGAAAUUCAAUAUAAUAAGUCGAAUAAAUUAGAUGAAUUAUCUUUUGAUUUGGAAAAUUCAAAAAGCCAACGUUCUAUUAAGAAUAGCAAUAUUAAACCUAACUCUGAUUAUAAUUAAAAAGAUUAAGAAAUUAAUUAGAAUUAAGACAAUAUUAAAAAGUAAUUAGCCAAUAAAAUGUACAAUAAGAUAUUUGAUAAAGAUAAUUCUGAAGAUGAAAAUAAUUUAACAAAUUAAUAUUUAGAAGAAGAAAUCUUGAGAAAUAAUUAAAGAUUUACUGAUAAAUAAGUUUAUCAUUUUCCAUAAUAAGAGUUUAAACCAAUUGAAUAAAGUAUGAUGAUCUAGUUUGAGAAGAUUAAAUAGAAAGAGGAAUUGAUACUACAGUAGAGAGAUAGACAAUAAACAGUCCUUACAAAUACUAAAGAAAGUAAGGAGCUUCAAGCUUAAAAUAUUCAAAGAGCAUUAGUGAUUAAAGUAACUUCUGAUGAUUCUUCAGAUGAAGAUAUUAAUGGAUAAAAACUAAUCAGAGGAUAGUAUCUUGAAUUAUUUAAAGAUUUUGAGAUAAUAAAGGAAUUUAAAUGUUAUUACCCACACAAUAAUAUUUCCCAAGUUAUGCUUUAGGUAUUAUUUUAUAAUCGACUUUAGCUAUCUAAAAACGAACUUUAUUUAAAACAUAAUUUUAUGAAGAAAAAAAAAAUUAAAAAAUAAGACACAAUAAUGAAUUUACUUAAGCAAACAUAACAUCUAAUGAGAAAAAGCUAACAAUAAUGA